AUUAUCAACCCACCAGAAAUUCCCAUACCCAAAAUCACUUUCCUUCUUUAUCUAAAACAAUUUUCCAAAAAACAUGGAUUUCCAUGGCCAAAAACUAUAUGCCCCCAAGCACAACAAAAAGAGGCUGAACCAAGAGCAAGUAAGGUUGCUAGAGAGAAGCUUCACUGCCAACAAGAAGCUGGAACCUGAGCUCAAGCUUCACCUUGCCAACCAGCUUGGAGUUCCACCAAGACAAGUAGCUAUCUGGUACCAGAACAAGCGAGCCCGGUGGAAGACACAAAGCUUGGAACUUGACUACAACACUCUCCAAGUGAAACUAGAGAAUGCAUUGUCCGAGAAGAGAAGGCUUGAGAAAGAUGUUAAGUAUCUUCAAGAAGAGUUAAGGAAAGCUCAAGAGAUGAUGUUUGCCAUGAAUAAUUACCAGAAAGAUCAUCACCACCGUCACCCUCCUUUCGUUUCUUGCACUUCAGCAGGAUCUAGUGAAGAAGGAGGAAGCUCUAGCUUUCGUGAGGAUAAUGUUCAUGAUCAUGCGGUUUUGCAGAUUGAUGAACUCUAUGCUUGUUUGAUUGGUGCAGAUAGGCCAACUUGGAGCUAAGGUGGUUGUGGGAAAACUUGUUCUUUAUUGUAUUUAUGGUGCAAUAACAAGUUUCUUGUUGCCUGUCCUCGUAGGAAAAUAGUGCACUUUUGUAGGCAGUGUUUGGUCAGAAGGACAGAACAGAUAAAUGGACAAACAAUCAUUCAAUGGCUUCCUAACUUUUCCAUCUUUUAUCCUUCUUGCCAAACACAACUUUAGUUGGAAUCCCUUUAUGUUAAUUUCCAGUAGCUUAUUACAUAAAAAAUGUUAACGUCUUUGCUAUA